GUGUGACCCUGGGCAAGUCACUUAACCCCAAUUGCCUCACAAAAAAACCAAAUGGUAACUUAGAAAUGGCGAGCUGGAAGCCAACCCCUCAUGUGCUCCAGGCCUGUUCUUCACAGUUGUUUCCCUCCUGAGUCAGGUCUAAGUCCUGAAAUUGGGACUGGGGUCUAGCAGAGAGUUCUGCCAGAUCACUGGCUCCUGGAAACAAAGCUCCUCCCGAAGUGGGAAGGGAGCUGGGUGGGAGCUGGGGGCAGACCUGUCAUGGCCCUUUGCCCUGGGCAGGUGCUUUUGAUCAGGCUGAAAUGUGUGGCUGACCGAUGGGAGCUAGAGAAGGCCAAUUGUUAACCUCUUCCCUGCUUUGGCGGUUGGCUUUCCAGGAAUAUUUCACAGCCACAUCUUGCGGUUGGAAUAUCUCAUCCCAGAGUUGUGUAUUUGAUGCCAGGCCCCAGGCUUCAGCGCUGGGAGUUGGAGGAGGGGGCAUGAAAGCAGCAAAGAAAAGCUGGGGUCAGUCUGUCCCUUCCUGCCCUCCUUUGGCAUGGGCAAAAGUCACCAUCUGCAGCCCUUUCCGCAUCAUGCAUGCCCAGUUUAAAGACCUUUAAAGGGGACCGGCUUCCCCUUGCCAAGAUGGUAGACACCGAGAGCCAGAUCUGUCCCCUUUCUCCGCUCGAUGACGACGACUGGGAAAGCCCGCUCUCAGAGGAGUUCCUCCAAGAGAUGGGGAGCAUCCAAGAGAUCUCUCCGUCCAUCGGCGACGACAGUUCCGGAGCCUUCGGGUUUGCUGAGUAUCACUGCUUGGGAAGUGGUCCAGGAUCCGACGGGUCCGUCAUUACCGACACCCUUUCACCAGCGUCCAGUCCGUCCUCUGUGAAUUAUACCCCCGUCGUGGGCAGCACUGAUGACUCUUCUAGUGCCACGUUAAACAUCGAGUGCAGGAUCUGCGGAGACAAAGCCUCUGGCUACCACUACGGCGUGCAUGCCUGUGAAGGUUGUAAGGGCUUUUUCCGGAGGACCAUUCGCCUCAAGCUGGCCUAUGACAAGUGUGACCGCAGCUGUAAAAUCCAGAAAAAGAACCGGAAUAAGUGUCAAUAUUGCCGUUUCCAGAAGUGCCUCUCAGUUGGAAUGUCACACAAUGCCAUCCGUUUUGGGAGAAUGCCAAGGUCUGAAAAGGCAAAAUUAAAAGCAGAGAUUCUUACAUGUGAACAUGACAUAGAAGAUUCUGAAGUUGCAGAUCUCAAGUCUCUCGCCAAGCGCAUUUAUGAAGCCUACCUGAAAAACUUUAAUAUGAACAAGAUCAAGGCUAGAAUCAUCCUGGCAGGAAAAGCCAGCAACAACCCACCUUUUGUCAUACAUGACAUGGAAACCCUGUGCAUGGCGGAAAAGACACUGGUGGCCAAGCUGGUGGCCAACGGGAUCCAGAACAAGGAGGCGGAGGUCCGGAUAUUCCACUGCUGCCAGUGCACCUCUGUAGAGACUGUCACGGAGGUGACGGAGUUUGCUAAAUCCAUCCCCGGCUUUGCAAAUCUAGACCUGAAUGACCAGGUGACUUUGUUAAAGUACGGGGUCUAUGAAGCCAUAUUCGCAAUGUUGUCGUCAGUGAUGAACAAAGACGGGAUGUUAGUGGCCUAUGGAAAUGGCUUCAUAACCCGCGAGUUCCUGAAAAGUUUAAGAAAGCCGUUUUGUGACAUCAUGGAGCCCAAGUUUGAUUUUGCAAUGAAAUUCAAUGCCCUGGGGCUGGAUGACAGUGACCUUUCCCUUUUUGUGGCUGCUAUAAUAUGCUGUGGAGAUCGGCCGGGCCUCCUGAAUGUGGGACACAUUGAGAGGAUGCAGGAGAGCAUCGUGCACGUGCUGCAGCUUCACCUGCAGAACAACCACCCCGACGAUGCCUUCCUCUUCCCCAAGCUGCUCCAGAAGAUGGCAGACCUUCGGCAGCUGGUCACAGAGCACGCGCAGCUGGUGCAGGUCAUCAAAAAGACUGAAUCUGACGCCGCCCUGCACCCUUUGCUGCAAGAAAUCUACAGGGAUAUGUAUUAAGUCUUUUUGGUGUUUUGUUUUGGUGUUUUUUUAAAGACAGAACUUUUCCAGAAUAUUUAAAGCCAACAGAAAUAUUAAUUAUAGAUGGGAGCAAAAAGACUUUGCACAAAUGUCAGCUGUGUUUUAAUCCUAGAACAUGGAAAUCAAUCAUGAUCUAGGCAGCUGGAAUACCACAUUUCUAUUGGUUUUUGAAACAGUAUUUCAGAGAGUUUGCCAAGUAUCCAAAAACUGAUGAUGAGAGGGUCUUGGAUAGUAUGGGUGGAAUUGGGGGAUUCUGUCUGAUUCUGUUAAGGCACAUGAUUUUGAUCAAUGCAGAUUUAUUUAUGUUAGUGAUUUAGCAUCUGGUUCAUUGGUAACCUCAUAAUAAGGACUUUGUCCACUCUGCUCAUGG